UUUUUGGAAAGCACAGAUACGAUUGUCCUUUCACGGCUGGGGCAUCUAAACAUACUUUAUUACACCAUUGUCAAACUGACGUUUCUGCUUGCGAUAGCUGACUUGAAGGGCCCAGGCGGUGGCGAGCCCAUAACGCCAGCAAUUUCGCAUGUCGAGGCAUCUUUUCCUUGGUAUCUACUUUGUUUGUGCUUGAACUCUUUUGCAGCGGGCUUUGAAACUCCCGGUUCCCGUACGGCCGAGAGGAGGCCGCUCCCCGAGGACUGGGCGAUGCGCGGGCUUGUGUGGGCAGAGAUGGCUUUCCCGGACAACUAUGUCACCGUCAAUGAAAGCAUGGGGGAGGGUGAGAAGACGUUUGAGACGCCGUCGAUGGGAAAGCAGCGUCGUGAGAGGUGUCUGUGGCUUGUGUACCAGAUCGCCCAGAUUGGGACGUCGGGAGAUGCCGACAACAAGGGCACAGAGGGUCGUUGGAUCACGUACGAUCCCGACAGAAAGAAGUUUCGUCCGGCCGCCAAGUUCGUGUCAGACGUUAAAAUACGGCCUCCAGUUGCCAAGGCGACGUUUCUGGAUGAUGAGGACGUCCUCCCAGAGGCGGAGCUCGCGAGCAUCAGAUCGGGGCCAGAAAGUACACUUGGAGCAGUUUCAGUGCAAGAGAAAAAGAGCGACAAGCCGAUCAUUGUUCAUUCUUCCGACAAAAUUCAAGAUAGCAAUAGUUAG